CACAGUGUUGUCAUAUAAGUGUACAAAUGCGAAUACAAUACAAUAAAUAUUAUCUUUACUUACCGAACUGGAGUAACGUUGACAAAUUACUUGCCAUGUUCAACAAAAUAACACUUCGAGGUACUGCGCAACACCAAACGUACAACUAUGAAUGCGAAAAUUGCGCUUUGUGCACUAUCACGAUAGUGACAAGCUGAAAGUACUGUUACUUACAGGUUAGGUUCGAUUAGAAGGUUAUGGUUAUGUUUGCUCCGUAAACGAAGCACCGCACAACGUGAUUACGCGCGACAAGAGAUUAACAAUCUUUUGAAAAAUAUUGUACCUGGUAUCGGUGUUUUGCUAAUCAGACUAUAAAUAUAAACAAGUUCUAAUUCUUUCGACAGAUAAGAUUAUCGAACACUCUGCGCACAGGAUUAAAUUAUAAAUUAUGACAGACCGCACUAUCGAGGAAUUGGGUCCGUCGGAUUUGGGUACUCUUGAUUAUUGGGAAAGAGUUUACGCGAGAGAACUCGACAAUUUCAAGGACCACGGGGACGUGGGCGAGAUAUGGUUCGGCAGAAAUAAUUCACAGAAAGUUAUACGUUGGAUAGCUACCAAAUUGAAGCUUGACAAGGAGAACGACGCAAUAAUCGAUAUAGGAUGUGGAAAUGGAAUGGCGUUAGUGGAUCUUGCAAAUAGAGGUUUCGAAAAAUUAACGGGCAUAGAUUAUUCGCAGAAAGCAAUCGAUUUGGCUGACAAGGUGCUGAAAACGAAUAAUUUGUCGCACAUCCGGCUGAAAGUUUGUGACAUAUUGGACUCGGAAUUAUGCGACUUACCAACCGAUUUUAAACUGGCGCACGAUAAAGGAACUUACGAUGCGAUAAGCUUGCACCCAGAAGAUCCUGCCACGAAAAGGAAACUGUACAUAGAAGCUGUUAAAAAGAUUCUAUCACCAGACGGACUUCUAGUUUUAACAUCUUGUAACUGGACCAAAGAGGAAUUGGAGGUUCAUUUUCAAGACAAUUUCACCAUUGUGGAUGUUCUUCCAUCGGACACGUUCUCUUUCGGAGGACAAAAGGGAAACACUGUAACGCAAUUAAUUCUACGAAAGAAUAAAUAAAAGAAUUUACAAACACAAA